UUGAGCGAGCCUCGGCAAAAUUGUUGCCAUGCUUUCGUGGGAUCUACGUGCCUUCAAAAAGAUUUGCAAAUGAAGUUACAAUUAUAUUCAAAAUGGAUCAAAAAAGCCUCCUUGUGACAGGAUAUUGUGCUUGAACUAAAGUCCAAACAACAUGUACGGAUAUUCUUCUCUGCAUAACGCUGUGGUUACACAGGACCUCAAAGCCGUUCGCAGCCUAACAGGACCAACACGAACAUGUGAACUCGAGUCAAGAGACUCCAUGGGUUUCACUGCGCUUCAUUUGGCCACUCUACAGGGAAAUAAAGAUCUGAUCGAGAUGCUGGUUUUGGCGGGAUGUGACGUCAACAGUCGCACGAAAGAAGGGAUGACUUCAUUACACAUCAGCAGUGAACAGACAAGAGCUGACGAAAUCUUGCGCAUCUUAGCAUCGGCGUCUUGCAAUGUCAACGAGCGCAACAAACUGGGAAGAACCGCUCUCCAUCUUGCCGCUAAACUGGGAAACCUUCAAAAUCUGAAAGCGCUAAUUGACAAUGGUUGUGACAGAAAUAUUAAGGACAAACUUGGUUUCACGGCCGUCGGUUUAGCUUUUAAGUUUAACCAGAAAGCAAGCGCAGACAUUUUACUCCACUAUAAAUCUCGGCGGAAGCGGCGCUCUGGAGGCCUCGGAGAAACGACUUCUGAGGAGAGCCUUUAUCAAGAAGACGCAUCCGAAAGCUGUCAAAUGUAUAAUGGAGAGGAUAAGAAAAUAGUCGAGGAAAGGAGUUCUAUGUCUUCUAAAAAACUGGAGGAUAAGACGUCGUUGAAGUUCAUUCGCUGGAAGGAGAACAGAGAGGCAUCUUUGAAAACUUUGCAUUUAAUCAUGGCUCUGUUAACACAUAAGAGAAACGUACUGGACGGUUUAACAAAUUGUUAUUCAAGUAAAAAGCGAGCAUCUGUCGAAAUUAAUUUACCGGAUUUAAUUUUUACUUCUCUUUUCCAGUAUCCCCUCGCAACGCACACCUCUUCAAAGCUAAAUGACAAAUCUAGAACACAAUGCGUGUGUGAUUUUUAUCUAAAACCAAGAGAAAUCGAAAGAAGUCGUAUUAUACUGGUCAAGUUGUUGCAGGGUGUAAAAGACUCUAUAUCAUUUUCUCGAGAUAAAUCGUUGAUGAUUCCAAAGCAACACCAGAGCCUACCAUCAUCUUCGAAAUGGAAAUUGCAAGAGAAAGACUUGAAAGUCAAAGAAGAAAAGCUAUCAACAGCACCACGAAGCAAUACCAACGCGAACCCCUCCAUAUGGGAGCUGAAUAGCAUGCACGAUAAGACAACGCUGACAACACUAUGUGAAGACUCAACGUUGAUGGAGCUUUGUGAAGAAAGUCCUCCAGAGGUGGACAAUGAAGGUUUGAAGAAAAGCCUUGAAAAGCUGAACAAACUCAUGAUUUCCGUCAAGGAUUCAGAUAACACCAAAAAUUAUUUAGAUUGCAUAGACAGCGGUCUCAUUACAGACGACAUUGACAUUUAUCUUUCGCGUUUGGAUGACGUCAUUGCCAUGAAAAGUACUCCUACGUCAUUUAUUGAGGCUACUUUAGAAAUCUUUUCUCAGAAUUUAGACAUCUCUGUUUAUUGCGCAAAGAAAAGAGAUUUACUUUUUAGCUCGCUUUUAGAGAAAAUCAUUACUGGUGGGGGCUCGUGGGACGCAGAUAAAAUAGCAAAGAUUUUCCUUCAUGUCUGCGUUGCCUUUGUGAGCGACCAGCGGUUGUUAUUCAGUUGCGCAGGUGCCGUGUUAAAGCUCGGACUUUGCCAUUCACAAUCCAACGCGGUCGCCCUGGGGACUUGUAUUUUAGUGAGAAUGGGUCUUCUCAAACAAGAGGACUACGUAGAUAUUGUUAAGGACUUAACGGGGCCUCUCUUAGCCUUGGAACACUUAUGUGCUGAAGAAUAUUUCCCGAGAAAUCUCGCCGCCAUCUUUGCUUCUUUUCUAUCCAAGUCAAGCCCAAGGCUGUUCGGAAUGGAUCAUCUACGCCUCCGAGCACUGGCGUCAGCGAUUACCAAAGAGGUACUUUCCAUUUCAUGUAAAGAAGCCGAGAGCGACAUGGGAAAAAAUUUCAAACGGGUUUGUGACAUCGUUGCGCUCGAAGGAUACAGAGAGGAGCUGUUGUCGUGUGUGGAUGCGUUGUUUUCGAGGGCUUUUGUGACGCUGGGAUGUAACGCAUGGCGGAUAGGCGAAAGCAUUCUUAUUUACCUUGGUUUAUUGAAAGGUGAACUUCACGUUGAAACUGUGAGGAAUCAUAGCUCUGCUUUAAAACUUCUGCUCCAUGUACUGAAGCAAAGCUACUGUCCACCAAUCCUAAAACAGUUACUAGUGUGUUUCCUGCAAAAACCUAAUCCAUUACUUACAUCCUAUUCCUCUGAAGUUGAGGAUAUUUUUCGCAUCAUACAGUAACUAUGGACUAGUAAUACUGUAAAAUCGAGUUUGAAUUGUAAAUUCUUCAAUUUAAGAUUGUCGUCGUGCCAAAACUUUCUUCCUCUAAUAUUCUGUUUUUCUUUUAUACGCCCGAGUCUCACCUAUUCUAGGCAUUAGAUUUGUGAACGAAGAGCGACAGAGGCACAAAGCGAUGAUUCUAUUUUCAUUUAAUAUACUUUUGAGGGUGUAUAUUUUUUGUGACAACGCAAUUGUAAGUAAAAUGUUUGUUUCAUUUCUAGCUCUUGCAUAGCUUGUAUUUAUAUCGUUACCAUAAAGUCAAUCACUGCUUCAGUCUUACUUCUUUCCUUGAGACUAUGCCUAGACCGAUAAUGUAUUUCUAAGAGCAUUUUUCAAAAUGUGUAUUUAUACAAUAUGAAAAUAAAAUAUUAUUUAUACGGA